CUAAGCAUGAUUCAGCUGUAAAUUGGCAGCCAUCAUAGGUCUAGGUCUCCCUCAGGGCGCUGCCACAGGUCCGCGGAUGCCUUUCAAAACCAAGCUUCCCCUCGCGGAUUCCAUCUCGUGUCAGUAGUCUUAAACAAAUUUCUAUCGUUAUUCGCAGUUCACAGUCGCUUCAAGAAACAAAACUUUGCCAAUAUGCGCUUCUCCAUCAUCGCCGCAGCCGCCGCAUUGAGCUCUACAGCUCUGGCCCAAGGUCUUCUUGAUCAGAUCCCGCAAUGUGCUCAAACGUGCUUCGGUAGCAACCUAGGCAGCUGCAGUGUUGCUGACAUUGCAUGCAUCUGCGCCAGCAAGACCAUCGACGCUGUGUCGUGCUGUGUGUUCGCUACAUGCUCAGAGUCGGAUAUCGCUGCGACUACUAAGUUCGGAGUCGAGAUAUGCAAGCUUCAGAACAUCGAGGUUAACACCCAACCCUCGUGCCCAUCUGGCAGCGCAACAGCGUCUGGCAGCGCGACCCCUUCUGGCAGCGCGACCCCUUCUGCAGGCAACUCUUCUGUCACACAAGUGUCUGGCACCGCCUCCAUGACCCCUUCAGGAAGCGCCUCCCCCACUUCAGCAUCAGCGGCUGGCAACACUGGAGCAGCGCCCAUCCAGACUGCAGGCGCAGGAGUCGGCCUUGGACUCGCCAUGGUUGGACUGCUCGCUGCUUUGUAGGAGAACACUGUUAUUCCUGUACGCCAUUGGACACUUGCUCAGCGCUCGAUGUUCAUAAGCAACCCUAGCCAUGCACCCGACGUGCCGUGGACCAGAAUACUUCCCGGCUCGCAUCUCCAGAACAUCUUCCUGCGAAGAUUCAUUCUUCACACCGAAGACAUGGCCUGACUUGUUUAUAGUUCAUUCCUACAGUUUUGGAACUUCUUUGUGUAAUAACAUAAUAUAUUUUCUAUCGUCCGAUGUAGUGCCCAUGAGCGUAGUUACAACCGUUGGCAAAUCUGUAGCACUAGUGCUGAAGUGAAAUAAGUAAUUCUAAAUGCAUUCUG